AUGACAUAUAAUACACCGCAUCCACCAAAAGAUCCACCGGAGGAUUAUAAUCCCGAAGAAUUUGAUCAUCCAGCCUUUAUACCGCCCGAUUGUGUGCCUCUAGCUGUGUUUAGACCUUUCUCAAGUUGCGCAGAAAUUUUGGGCCCGAACGCAAGUAAAACAGAUAAUUAUAAAAAUCCCGAAUAUUACUCAUAUCAUCGGUAUAGCUUUGUCGCUUUGCAAGUACGAAAUCUGGAACUUCGUCUCCAAACACCAGCUGUUGUCGACUCAGCUGAAGAGUCCAGCACUGAAGAAUUCACCAGCAGUGAUGAAGAAAUCGCAGCAACGCCAUGCAAGAAAGAAGCAAACGACGGCUCCUCGUCGUCCGGUUCUGAAGACAGCGUCAAAUCAGAGAAUAGUUGCUCCGACACGUGA